CAAAAUUAUAGCGAAUUGAGCUUGGCACCGUUACUUAGAGUCGCGCGUCGUUAUUCUUCCCAAUCUGACAAUGUCAGCAUCUCCCGACCCUUCGACCACACCAACUAUCAGAGUGGAAGAGCCAGAAGCUACCAUCGAGAAUGAGCCGUUGUCAAGCCCACAAGUCCCCUUGUCACCGAGUCAGAACGAACUUGGAACUGAAGACCAACAAGAUACAGAAGUAGACCUAGUCAAGGAAGAUAGCUAUGAGGCACCAGCUGUAGAAGAUAUCCCAGAAAAUACGUCAGCCGGAUCAGAAGAUACCGCUAUACCUUUAUCAACAGUGGACGAGAUAGAUAAUAGUCAACGUGCCUCGAUGAACGAAAGUCCUUUGUCGACAUCCAUGGCCGAUUUUUAUCGAGGAAAGUCUAUUCUUUUGACUGGUUCAACUGGAUUUCUGGGGAAAUCGAUAUUAUGGAAGUUGGUGGAUUCUUUUGGGGCGGAAAUAGACAAGAUAUAUCUUUUGAUUCGCUAUGGCAAUAACAAGCGCAAGAUUGGCGGGCCCCAUGAAAGACUUCAAAGUGAGAUAUUAAAUAACCCAGCUUUUACGUCUCUGAGAAGAAAAAUUGGCGCCAACAAAUUCGAUACCAUCAUUAAGACUAAAGUCAUACCUGUUGCCUGCGACCUGAUAUCCCCAGAGCUGUCUAUCUCACCUGAAGAUAGAAGCAGCAUCAUUUCUAAUGUCAAUGUCGUUAUACAUUGUGCGGCUUCUAUGGAUCAUGACGAAAGGCUGGAUCUUUCUUUGGAGACAAAUACGUUGGGCACCUUACGGCUGAUGGAUUUGGCUGACGACUGCGAGAAAAUGCAGGCUUUCGUUCACGUUUCGUCUGCCUAUGUCAACUCAAAUUUACCCGAUGGCGAAGUGCAAGAACUCGUUUACCCUGCCGGUCUUGAAGACCCGGAAACCCUACUCAAGGAGAUCGUGUCGUUGGAACUUAUGGAUAUCCCGAAGAUGACACAAAGGAUAUUAGCAAAUUAUCCGAACACACAUCUUUUCACCAAGGCUCUUACUGAACAAUUAAUUCUGAAACGAGCAGAUAUCAACCGAGCAGAUGAGGCUCAAGGUGGUAAAAGCCAAUGGCCUAUUGCUAUUGUACGACCAACACAACUGGCAGCUGGUAUUACGGAGCCACUGGCCGGUUGGGCCGAUGGAUUGACAGGAGCAAAUGGCACGAUCCUACUCUCCGGAAGAGGGUUCCAAAUACUUCAACCCAAUCAAGGGGAUUCAAUUGCAGAUAUUGUACCGGUUGACUAUGUUACUCGCAUCAUUUUGGGAGUCGCCUCCAAAAUACAGGUUCCUGGUACUGAAUUCUUGCUACCAUAUGCUUAUGGCAACCGUAACAGCGGUGAGCAACAAGACAUUUUUCCGCAUAUAUACCAAGUUACUGCCGCCCCAUUGAACCCCAUCAACUGGAGAGAAGUAUACGAUGGCAUUCAAGAGUACUGGAUGAGGACAACAAGCGUAGUACUUCCCAAGUCUCAAGAUUACUUUGUCAGUAAUAAGGCCAUGUUCAAGGCCCGCUUCUUUAUGAAAUAUCAGCUCUCCAACUCCUUUGCAACAGUAGCGAACGCUGUUGUGACCGGUGAUAACAAGAGCCUGAACACCAUUGCCAAAAUGACCAGCUAUGCGACUAAAAUAUUGGAAGCGAACCAACCCUUCAUUAAGCGUACCUGGGCUUUCAGCAAUGGAAAUUUAUGGGAGAUACAGAGACAUUUAGCAACUGAAACUGCAUUCAACGUUGAUGCGUUUGGAGAGAUGGAUUGGCAUAGCUACAUCGAGCACUAUAACCAUGGCAUGCAUCUGUAUGUAGCUCAAGAAAGUCAAGGACUCAGAUCAAUAAGCGCUCCUCCUGGUUGGGACUGUGCAACUCACACAAAGAUGAUUGGAUUUCAGAGCUUGGCCAUCGAUAAACAAGUUGAAUCCAUUUUAUUUAGCAGCACUGAUAUAGAGAAACGAUCUCAACGAAUGCUGGCUCAAGUCAUACUUUCUUUGGAAAGCACUGAUCGUCCAAGAGAUAGGCGAAUGGAUGAUGAGUGGGUAGCUGAUUUUGAUACCAGUCUUGACGAUUGGUGCCAUGACGAUUCCGAGGUGCUCAAGGAUGGUACAACUAUCAGCGAACGUGGUAAGGAGUUGGGCAGAUGGAGAGCUCACAUUGGUGACAACGAUGAUAUUGUCAAAGUCAUUGUUUUGAACGAUAGCAGAGUUGGCAACAGUAUCAAGCAAAUCACCGAAAGUUCAGGGGUGCCUCAACAAACGGUAGUUGGCGAAGCAACCAAAUUGUUUCAGAGGAUGAAGGAGAGAACUCAGCUGGCUUAUGUUUGGUUUGCUGGACAUUUCCUACACCUGCUUCUUCAAAAACUCUUUGAGAAUGUUCACAUACGAGAAGCAGAUGUCGCAAUACUCAAGAGAGCAAUUGCUGGCAAAAAAGUUGUUUAUGUACCGACGUCUAAAUCGCUGGUGGAUAAUUUGGUUGUGUGGUAUCUCACUUUGCGAUACAAACUACCAGUUCCGGCUAUAGCCUGUGAUGAAGCACUUGGACUCUUAGGACCAAUAUCGGAUGUUCUCCGCAUCAUGGGAACGUUUUUCAUCAAGCGUAACCCUGAAAGUCGAUCACCACUUAACAAUGCGGUUACAGCCGCAUACGCCCAAGUCAUGCUUCGAGAGCACGGCGCACUAUCCUUCAUGCUUGAAAAGGCGAGAUCCCGAAGCGGAAAGUUUCAAAAGGCAUACGAUGAUGGUCUUGUAGGCAUGGUGCUUGAAGCAGCUCUUGAAAAAAAUCAAGAAAACAGUAACGCUGAGCUAAGUCCCACUUCACCCUUGACACCCAUACCGUCUGAGAAAAUUUUGGACCAAGAUGUAGCAUUUGUUCCUAUCAACAUUGUCUACGAAAGUGUGCCGGAACUGUCAGUUUUGAUCGAUCAAGUUCUCGAUCAACACCCUACAACGAAUACCAACACCUUAUCUGUUCCUCUGCUGGUUACCAAGCCAAGUGCAGCUUUGGCAGGUCGACACAAGGAAUCUGAGCACCAUCAUAAUGGAAAAUAUGGCCGCGUUUUUGUCAAUAUUGGCGAAUGCGUCAGUGUGCAAGAAAUCGCUGAGAAUGCAAAGGUGCAAAAGUCAGCUGCUUUUGAUACCAGUAAGGGUCUAUCGUCGCUUUCCGAACGAGUCGUCAAGGCAAUCCAACGAGGUCAGCGUGAGAGCGUGGCCAUCAGCCCAGUCUCUUUGGUGGCAGCCAUUUUGCUCUAUGGAAGAGCUAACAAUGGUAUCUCACUUGGCUGUGUAAAGGACCAUAUGGAGUGGAUUCGCACGGAACUUAAGGAGAGAGACGUCUAUGUUGAUUGGCAAGAUGGAGAAGAUAUUGAAUCUGUGAUUUUUUAUUCCCUCCGGAUAUUGGAUGGCCACAAGAACAUUAUCAUCGAAGACAAGCGGGUUUCAGAUAAAUCGAUCAUUCGUGUUGUCGAUCAUGCUGACAAUGUGUUGGCGGUGUCAUAUUCCGCAAAUCAACUGUUGGACUAUCUGCUGCCGGACUCUCUCUUCUCCAUUGUCUAUCUUUCUUUCCCAUCCAAGACUGUCCCUCAACAAAAGCUACUUGAACGAUUCCAGUUCUUAACUAAGCUUUUCCGUCUCGAGUUUGAUUUUACAUGGGAUGAAGAGCAGAUGUUUGAUGAGCUGCUCAAACGCUUCCAAGAUAAAGAGAUCAUAACUAAAGUUGAGGGUCAAAACGAUGUUUACAACAGGGCGGUAAAUUCAGAAAGUGAUGAAGCAGAGCAUGAAAAGAUCUGCUUACUUGCAUCUCUACUAUACCCAACACUUGACUCCUACUGGAUCACCAUUUGCUCAUUGUCUGCCCUCGAAGACCUCCCAUAUAUUCCUCGCAAGCUUGCACCUAUCCUCACACAGUGGAUUGCAACUCAUCUUAUCAGUGGACGCCGUACCUCCUAUAGAGAGGUUCUCUCGACCGAACUUAGCGGCUAUGCAGUGGACGCAUUCUUGGCUUUAGGAUAUAUAAACCAAGUUCAUUGUAAAGAAAAGCUAACACCAGAUGCUCAAAUACUUCUUUUGGAACUGGGUAUAGUAACCAAUGAAGAUCUCUUGACGGCUGCAACUAUAGAGCAAGAAGUGAAGGACGACGGUGCAUCUGAAAUUGAAAACCUGCCAAUUUCAGAAUCACAGCAGGUAAGGCUACAACCAAUUUACAUUAAUGUUAGUUUCCGAAAACCAUUGAUCUUACAGGCUAAACGAUUAAAUGUCUUUAGGAAACAUUGAAAGCAGAGAGAAAGGAGUUGGCAGAUAUUGCAGCCAAGGUGGAAAGAUUGUCAAAGAUCUCACAGCUUUGCAACGACAUCGAGCUUUUACGUUUCGAUGCUGCGUCUCACUCUGAAAAUUAUCAUCAGAACGCCCAAGUUUUCCUAAAGUGCCAGCGGCAAAUCAAGAGUAUUCUUCGUGCGGAUCAA